GACAGAGCUGAAGCGGAGGAGGGGAUGGAGGGAACAGACCCAGGGGUUGGGGGUCUACUGAAGCUCUGGAGGUGAGAAGGCCAAGAGUCUCCCCACCUUGAAACCCCUCCACUACUGCUGGAGGAGCUUUUCCCAGUUUCUACUCCCCCGGGGGGGGAAGCGAGGUCCAGCAAGUGGUUUGGGUGGGAAAAGAGAACUGGAGGAAGUUGACAGGGAUGGGCGGGGCCCGUGGGGGGGCUGACCAGGAACCCAGCUUCCUGCUUAGUACCCAGACAUCCAGCCCCGGCUCACCCCCACCCCUUCUAGCCUCCACUCCCCUCAGGAACUCAGGGUUCCGGCCCUCCUCCAAAUCCCAGCUCCCCUCCCCCAUCGGUUUCUCCCCUCCAGGGGAUGGAGGCUGAGAGACCCCAAGAAGAAGAUGGUGAGCAGGGCCCCCAUCAGGAUGAGCAUGGCUGGCCUCCUGUGAACACCACUAGUCGGCCUUGGCGAUCUGCUCCUCCAUCCCCUCCUCCAGGGACCCGCCACACAGCCCUGGGGCUGCGCUCGGCCUCCCUGCUCUCCCUGCAGACGGAGCUCCUUCUGGAUCUGGUGGCUGAGGCCCAGUCCCGCCGCCUUGAGGAGCAGAGAGCCACCUUUCACGCCCCCCAAAACCCCCCAAGCCUAGCCAGAGCCCCACCUCGGCCUCUUGAGGACAGAGAACAGCUCUAUAGCACUAUCCUCAGUCACCAGUGCCAGCGGAUGGAAGCCCAGCGGUCAGAGCCUCCCCUACCCCCAGGGGGGCAGGAGCUCCUGGAGUUGCUGCUGAAAGUUCAGGGUGGGGGUCGAAUGGAGGAACAAAGAUCCCGGCCCCCCACACACACCUGCUGAGACUUGAGCCCCCCACCAGCCCCUCCAUAAGUCCUGAGACUCAAAGCUGGGCAGCCCACUGCAUGCCCUCAACCCUGCUUCGCAGGGGCACCAGAGACUGGAAGACCCAGCAGAAAUCUCAAUAUUCAUUGCCUUCCUCCACCUUCCCUGGGAACUGGAGGGGGUGAGAAGUCCUCAGACCUUGGGAAUAGUCAAGGUAUGAUGGCCAUUUAAUCCCCUCCCCACGUACAGGGGAGCUUGAAGCAGUGAGGAUCCCUGCUACCCAGUGACUCCUACUCUGAUCUCAGGGAGCGGCUUAGAGUCUUGGUCCUGAGAUGUAGGCACACCCCUAGUAAUCAAGCCACUAGGCAGGAUCUAAGGGCUGAGUCCUCCAUCCCCGAGAAAGGACAAAUGUCCUAAGUUACGACCUGAGAGAGUUCCAUCCUCCUUCCCAGUAAGAAGAAAGAGGGUGGGGACAGCAAAGAGAUAAAGACUCUUCUCCCCCCCUCACCACCAGCACCUCCCAGCCCCAGGACUAAGGGGCCUACAGGCUGUGAAUGGACACUGAACCCUGUCUGUUUUGGUUGUGUGAAUAAAUGUAAUUCCCCUCUGGA